AUGGAUAGUAUAAAGCAUACUGGAACAAAAUUUUGCCAGGUUAAAGACUGUAAUGAAUUCUUUGAUUUUAAUUCAAAUAUAACUCAAAAUGUUUCAAGUAACACUACAGAAGAGAAACCAUACAAAUGUAAUGCAUGUGGAAAGUCAUAUAAAAAACUCUCAUACCUUCAUAUUCAUCACAGAAUCCAUAUUAGAGAGAAACCUUAUAUAUGUGAUGAAUGUGGAAAGUCCUUUGUCCAGUCCUCCACUCUUCAAUGUCACAAGAGAAUCCAUACUGGAAAAAAGCCAUGUAAAUGUGAUGAAUGUGGAAAGUUCUUUAGGAAUGCCUCAUCUCUUUGUGCUCAUCAGAGAAUCCAUGCUGGAGAGAAACCUUAUAAAUGUGAUGAAUGUGGAAAAUCCUUUGUCCAGUCCUCCACUCUCCAAUGUCACAAGAGAAUCCAUACUGGAGAAAAGCCUUAUAAAUGUGAUGAAUGUGGAAAGUGCUUUAGGGAUGGCUCAUCUCUUUGUGCUCAUCAGAGAAUCCAUACUGGAGAGAAACCUUAUAAAUGUAAUGAAUGUGGAAAGUCCUUUGUCCACUUAUCCAAUCUUCAACGUCACAAGAGAAUCCAUACUGGAAAAAAGCCUUAUAAAUGUGAUGAAUGUGGAAAGUCCUUUGUCCAGUCCUCCAAUCUUCAAUGUCACAAGAGAAUCCAUACUGGAGAAAAGCCUUAUAAAUGUGAUGAAUGUGGACAGUCCUUUUUCCAGUCCUCCAAUCUUCAACGUCACAAGAGAAUCCAUACUGGACAAAAGCCUUAUAAAUGUAAUGAAUGUGGAAAGUGCUUUAGGAAUGGCUCAUCUCUUUGUGCUCAUCAGAGAAUCCAUACUGGAAAGAAACCUUAUAAAUGUGAUGAAUGUGGAAUGUGCUUUAGAGAUUUCUCAUCUCUUCAUGUUCAUCACAAAAUCCAUACUGGAGAGAAACCUUAUAAAUGUGAUGAAUGUGGAAAAUCCUUUGUCCAGUCCUCCACUCUUCAAUGUCACAAGAGAAUCCAUACUGGAGAAAAGCCUUGUACAUGUGAUGAAUGUGGAAAAUCCUUUGUCCAGUCCUCCCAUCUUCAAUGUCACAAGAGAAUCCAUACUGGAGAAAAGCCUUAUAAAUGUGAUGAAUGUGGAAAGUGCUUUAGGAAUGGCUCAUCUCUUUGUGCUCAUCAGAGAAUUCAUACUGGAGAGAAACAUUAUAAAUGUGAAGAAUGUGGAAAAUCCUUUGUCCAAUCAGAUGUCUCAUCUCUUCAUGUUCAUCACAAAAUCCAUACUGGAGAGAAACCUCAUAAAUGUGAUGAAUGUGGAAAAUCCUUUGUCCAGUCCUCCACUCUCCAAUGUCACAAGAGAAUUCAUACUGGAGAAAAGCCUUAUAAAUGUGAUGAAUGUGGAAAGUGCUUUAGGAAUGGCUCAUCUCUUUGUGCUCAUCAGAGAAUCCAUACUGGAGAGAAACCUUAUAAAUGUGAUGAAUGUGGAAAAUCCUUUGUCCAGUCCUCCCAUCUUCAAUGUCACAAGAGAAUUCAUACUGGAGAAAAGCCUUAUAAAUGUGAUGAAUGUGGAAAGUGCUUUAGGAAUGGCUCAUCUCUUUGUGCUCAUCAAAGAAUCCAUACUGGAGAGAAACCUUAUAAAUGUGAUGAAUGUGGAAAGUCCUUUGGCCAAUCCUCUGAACUUAAACGUCAUAGGAGAAUCCAUACUGGAGAAAAGCCUUAUAAAUGUGGUGAAUGUGGAAAGUGCUUUAGGAAUGGCUCAUCUCUUUGUGUUCAUCAGAGAAUCCAUACUGGAGAGAAACCUUAUAAAUGUGAUGAAUGUGGAAAGUCCUUUGUCCAGUCCUCCAAUCUUCAGUGUCAUAGGAGAAUC